AUGAGCUCCUCAAGGGAAGAUUCAAAAGGCAGUGUACAUACACCUGAAUUAUCUACACCACAAGAAGAAUCUUUACGUUCUUUCUUCUUGGCUCCUCCCCCAGAAAAUGCAAAAGAGCAAUACUGUUACUUUGGGGGUGGGGUUGUAAACGUUUUGCUUCCUGUAGGUAUUGGUGUUAUAUGCUCAAUAGUGUAUGGGGUUAGUAUGUUUAUUGCUGCAGCAAAAGCAGCAAUAGCAGCAGCAAAAGAGAGAGCAGCAGCAAGAGCAGCAGAAGAAGAUAAUAAUAUUGAUGAAGAAGGACAGCAGCAGCAGCAGCAACUAGAGGAGCAACAAGAACUGCAGCAACAAGAUCUGCUGCUGCAGCAAGAGCAGCAAGACAUGCAGCAACCUGAUCAUCAGCUAACCCAAGACCUACAGCUGCAGAUACAGCAGCAGCAGCAAAUAGACGAGGUGCAGCAGCAACAGCAACAGCAGCAGCAGGAUCAGGAUCAGCAGCAGCAGCAAGAGCAGCAGGAGCAGCAGGAGCAGCAGGAAUCAGAGGAAUCCUUAGAUAGACACAUAACAAGAGACGCCCUCCCCUAUGCAGCAAUAGCAGCAAAACUGCAGCAGCAGCAGCAGCAGCGAGCAGACCUGUGCAUACACCCCUCGCAAGAUUUUGUACAACCAUCUAUAGCUAAAGAAUUAACUAGAUUAGCUAGCUAG